GUAUUUAAUCAUUUUUAAAGCAAAUUAGAAUAUUCCUUAGGGAAGAAAUCAAAAUUUUGUCUGGAUCUAAUCAUUUUUAAAGCAAAUUGGAAUAUUCCUUAGGGAAGAAGUCAAAAUUCUGUUUGGAAAUCAGGGAAAAAUAAAAAAUUAAAUUUUUGUGGCAACCCUGUUAGAUUUUCAGUAAGAAAAAUGCAAGGUAAGUUAACAAAAAAUUUAGGAAGAGGAACGAAAAGGUAUUGGAGUACAAGAAGAAGGAUUAAAUUUCACCUCUGGAUUCAUCGAGAGAAAAUUGUAAGUUAGAAAUAUAUUAUUUUUUUGUCUUUAUUUCCGAAAUAAAAAGGAAAGGAUUUUAUAAAUGGAAUUAUGAAAAUUAUUCUUCUUCUAAAUAUUAAUUUGUGAAUGUUGAAUAUAUACAGAAUGGGAACCAAACGGUGAAAGUACGUGCCUGGGAGGCGGUGUAGUGAAGCUGGAGGUCUCAUGAGGAACAUUAUGAACUCAAGAGGAGGUUUACAAGUAGAUACGGCAAACGGCCGAUCGGGCCAGACAAACAGACUCUUGAAAUUGCGGAGAGCCGUGCAGUGCAGUGGUCACCGAGUCGUCGUCAGUGGUGAACGGUGGUUACAGUGUCUGUGUGACCGAACGACAGUGCGGCAAAAUAAUAACCUUUUCCGAAUGUUGUCUCCCUCAGGACCUUGAGGGAGAGGAAGUGGUCGACGACGAGGACGAAAAGAGACAAAGCGGUGGUGUGUGCGCGUGGUGGAAAAUUCCCCGCGGCAAUGUUUCGCCAGGAGGUGAUAAUAAUUUAUUGUUCAUGGCUCGUGAUAUUGGGGAUGGUUACGACAGAAAUCACUGCCAAGAGAAUGAGUGGACUUUAUAUUGACAAUGGUUUCGAUCAAACUGUGAUACAUCGAUUGGUCUCGCAACAAGAGAAACGCGAAGUUGAACAUGAAAUAUUGAAUCUUCUUGGAUUGCCCGAUAGGCCGAAGCAUGUCAUUCAUCGGCCGCCUCAGGUGAAGAGGUCCGCUCCCAAGUUUCUUUUGGACAUUUAUAAGAACGCACUUGGCGAGCUGGACGAGAACGAGAAACCGGUCGACGUCAAGCAACAAGAAGGAAAGCAUGGCGAGUUCAACUUGUCCGGUCAGGAUCUAAGGGCCAUCGACCAGAGCGAUGUCAUCAUGACGUUUGCCUCACACAAUCAUCAUGUACCUGGAGUGAGGCACGAAAGAGGAAAGAGGCUCUGGUUUGAUGUUUCGGAAGUGCCACCGGAAGAGCAGAUAAUUGGCGCCGAACUUCGACUCUAUCGUAAUACAACAACAAUUAAACAUCGUCGAAGUCGUGGUUCUUUUAUGAUCACAGCCUAUCGUGUUCUACGCACCGAAAAGGGACAACGAGAACUACAAUAUGUUGAUUCGGUGAAUACGACAUUGAAAAAUGGAUGGAUUUCGCUCAAUGUGAGUGCACCCCUGCAACACUGGGUAAACAAUCGCGAAGGAAAUCAAGGACUCUAUUUAUCUGUUCAUCCUUCUGAUCGAUCAAUGCACGAGGUGAAGCCGGAGGAUAUUGGAAUUGUUGGAUUUCGAGGCGAUGCUGGUAAACAACCAUUUAUGGUUGGCUUUUUCAAAAGUUCUGGUAUGAGGGAAAAAAAAUUCAGACAAAAACGAGACGCGAGGAGAAAAAAGAAAAGCGAUUCUUCGAGUUUGGAAUAUCGGAGUAAUCCCUAUAUUGACGCAGCUACUCAGUACAAUUCGAGAACGUGUAAAAUACAAACACUUUACGUUAGUUUUCGGGAUUUACAAUGGCAGGACUGGAUUAUUGCACCCGACGGUUAUGACGCAUAUUAUUGCAGUGGGGAAUGUAAUUUUCCAUUAAAUGCACAUAUGAAUGCGACAAAUCACGCAAUUGUUCAAACACUUGUGCAUCUUGUUAAUCCUGGCAAAGUUCCAAAGCCAUGUUGUGCACCAACAAAACUCUCGGCCAUUUCCGUUCUCUAUUUCCUCGACGAGAGUAAUGUUAUUCUUAAAAAGUACAAAAAUAUGGUUGUCAAGAGUUGUGGAUGCCAUUGAGAGAGAAAAGUUUAUUUUUCACUCUUUCAAUUUUAGGUUUUUUUAUUACAAUUCAUUUCUUUAAGUUAAUUACGUAAUAAUUGAAUUUUUUUUAAUAGAAAAUUACAUUUUUUUAAAAUAGCAAGUU